UCAGAGCGCAGAAUGCUGGGUCAAGGCGGAAGUGUUUGGUGAAGACACAUUUCCCUCUAACAGCUCUGAAUCUGACCUAAAAACGGAUAAAUCAGAUAUUUAAAACCACUUGACCUGAAUCAAUCCGGUUCUAUAUGUUAUCUGGUGUCCUAGUUUGAUUCAAGAAGAAGUUGAGAGGUCAUAUUGUUAUAUUAUUUAGCUUUGUUAGCUUCGUUAGCUAACCGGCCACAUUUUUUAAACCGGCGGAACUUCCUGCUUUUUGAACAUCGAGAUGGAGUUACAAGUGGGAAUUGAACCGAUGACCCUGGGCUCCCCGACCUCUCCCAAGCCGACCCCUGGAGCUCAGUUCCUGCCCGGCUUCCUGAUGGGAGACCUUCCCGCUCCCACCACCCCCCAGCCGCGACCUUUCAACCUGGGCACCUCCAUGAUGGAGAGCCCAGGAACACCCCGAGGUGGAAUCGUCUCUGCUCCGCUGCCUUUUGUCCCGACGCCUAAAGACAAGAGUGGAGCCCCGCCUGUACGCAGUAUCCAUGACGACCUGGUUACUAUGACCACGCCCCUAAAAACACACGGACAGGUGACAACAAAUACAUAAUAACAAAUUAAACGC